AUGAAGAGCUCAUGGUCCACUUUUUUCACCUUAAUAGGUGCUACCGCUGCUUUAGAGUACCAACAGCCAUUUAGCGGAAACAUACUCCAAGAAACAGCCGAAACGCCACGAAAACAGUACCCGAAUGUCAAUCUUGAUCAAAUCAUAGAGGAUUCUCCUCUCCUCUCUUUUCACAGGGAUAUUAUCAAGAUCCCCUCCAUCAGUGGAGAUGAAAAGAAUGUCGGAGAAUACAUUAUCGACUUCCUCUCCUCGCAAAACUUAACCGUCGAAAAACAAAUUGUCACCCCGGGAUCUGAGACAGAAAGCGAGAGAUUCAAUGUCUACGCUUAUGUAGGAGAGAACCGGUAUCCGGAUAUCCUCCUAACCAGUCACAUUGACACUGUCCCACCAUUUAUUCCCUAUACUUUACAAACACCAACCUCAUAUACGCAAUUUAUCAACAGAGAGGAUGUAAUAAUCAGCGGACGAGGUUCCGUAGACGCUAAAGCUAGCGUCGCAGCGAUAACAUUCGCAGUAUUGGAAACACUGAAAGAAUCACCAAGUGCAUCUCUAGGACUUCUUUUCGAUAUCGGCGAAGAGAAUUCCGGUAUCGGAAUGAAACAUUUCUCCAACUCGGAUCUAAAUCUCUCACCACCAACAUACAAUACCCUUGUCUUCGGUGAACCGACAGAACUGAGUCUUGUGGCGGGACAUAAAGGGUCCCUCGGAUUCAAGGUCGUUGCUCGAGGCAAGGCGGCGCAUUCGGGAUAUCCUUGGUUAGGACAGAGUGCUAUCUCGGCCAUCCUACCUGUUCUACAAUACCUUGAAUCUUUACAAUAUCUCUCACCUGAGCAGGGUGGAUUACUUCGAAGUGAGAAAUUCGGUGCCUCCACACUGAAUAUCGGUGUUAUCAGUGGUGGUCAAGCUGCGAAUGUGGUUCCUGAUUAUGCGGAAGCUACUGUUGCGGUUCGACUUGCGGAUGGGACACCAGAUGAUACGAGGGAGAUUAUUCGGAAGGCUGUUGAUCGGAUUACUUCUGGAACUGGGAGUGUGAGUCUUGAUUUUGGGGAUUUGAACGGUGGGGCAUCGCCUCAGUAUCUUGAUGCUGAUGCUGAUGGGUUUGAUGUUAUUACUGUGAACUACGGGACUGAUGUCCCUUCGUUGAAGAUUCAUGAUCAGGGAACACAGCGAGUGAAGAGGUAUUUGUAUGGACCUGGUAGUAUUCAUGUGGCUCAUGGUGAUAACGAGGCGAUCACUGUUGGGGAGUUGGAACAAGCUGUGGAUGGAUAUAAGAAGUUGAUUUCGGCGGCUUUAUAG